UAGUUGCUGUCUUUAGUUCGGUGUUGCAAGUUGCUCUUAGAUACACUUAAAUAUCAAAUUGUUUAGUCUUCUCAACUCGGUGCCGCGUAACGGUUCUCACUUUUAAACCUUACAACUUUGAAAACAUAAUUCCACAUUUACAUUUAAUAAGAAAUUAUUUUAAAUGAAAAAAAUUAUCUAAAAACGUAACGGCACAAAUCAGAUAUUCAGGAUUCGGAAGGAUUUUCUACAUUUAAAUGCAAAAUUCAAUGCAAAACAAGUUCUCACGUUGCAAGUUGUCCGAAAUCUACAAAUUACGAUGCAUAGAAGGGUUAAACCGAAAAAGCCGAGAAACUCAAUAAAACAUCAAACACAUUUUCUUAAAGGAGUCAUGUCAUGGGAUUGCUGCAUAACAGUUCCAAACUCUUGAAAAUAAUUCUGGAUUCUUUGGAAGAUCAAGAGGGUGGAGCUAUGUACAUAUCAUGCGAUGUCUCAAACGCAGGCCCCGCGGAACCAGAAACAGGAUAUGUUCCCAACAAUCCAUUGUUCGGUUUAACGUUGGACAGUCCGCAGCACGAGUGCGCCGCUUCCUCCUGUGUUGGGUGUUUGUCGUGUCAAGGUAAUACAGCCCUACCGGUAUCCUCACUGCCUACGAACGAUUUCGAUUGUGGCUCAUGCUUCGAUGCAGCCGUUGGUGAAGGUUCGUUCAACGUCUCUGGCUCUGUACAAAAUUGCACACAAGUGAACUUCAAUAGUGGGGAUAGUGAAGGAAACUGCGCCGCUAAUUACUGGUCUGCGGAUGAAAUGGCCUCAACGUUCCCAGGACUCUCACCUUUAGACAUCGAUCCAUUGCCCAGCUUAUUCCCAUUCUCUCCAUGUGGUACCUCUUAUAACUUUUCUGCAAAUCCACAUCAAGCUUCACUCUCGUACACCGUUCAUCCACAUCAAAUGUUGAUUUCGCCUAAUGCUCAUAACCAAACAUUAUCCGCUAACAUACAGUCCUCGCACGGCAACACUUUAAGCUCCACAGAUCAAGCAUGUUUUUAUGAGCCUCCUAACCCUGUCGCGUCAUCAUCAUCAACAAUGGUAAGUAACACCUGCAAUAACCAACAAAUGAGUGGCGUAGGAUCAGCAGCUAUGUAUCCCAGUAUGAGUGUAAACGUUAGCAUGAAUAUGACAAUGCAUGGAUAUGGGUCGGCGGACGGUUCUGUGCCAAUGCAAUGUUCCCAGUGGACUCCAGCUAACAGUUCAUCGUCAGUUAACGUUUUAUAUCCGCCGGUUUUGAGUCCUUCUCACUACCCCGCUGCCGCCACAUACUCAUUCACAGCGGAUUUCCGAGCACCACCAAUGCAAAGCAAUCACAACCCGGUUAUAUUACCAUCUCUUGCAGAGGCUGUGGAGAAGGUGCCUUCUUCAUCGCCUUCAUUGUCCCUUUCUGCUGCUAUCACUCCAAAAAGUUUCCACGCAAACACACAAAUGACUCAGGCUUAUUCUCUAAACACAAAAAGUCCAACUUCAUGCACACAAAUGCGUGACACAAAACCAAUAACAAACACCACCGCAACCACAAUUUCACCUAGCACGGCUCCCAUCAUUGCCGCGACUUUUGAUGAUGAAGAUAGCAAUGAUGAAGGAUCUGAUAGCAAACCUAACCUUUGUCGUUUGUGUGGAAAAACAUAUGCUCGGCCAAGCACAUUGAAAACCCACUUAAGAACGCAUUCUGGCGAACGGCCUUACCGUUGUCCCGAUUGCAAUAAAAGUUUUUCACAAGCCGCAAAUUUAACAGCUCAUGUACGCACACAUACAGGACAGAAACCUUUUCGCUGUCCUAUUUGUGAUAGACGUUUCUCACAAAGUUCCAGUGUCACCACGCACAUGAGAACCCAUUCAGGAGAACGCCCAUAUCGUUGCUCCUCGUGUAAAAAGUCGUUCUCGGACAGUUCAACUCUAACAAAACAUUUACGGAUCCAUAGUGGUGAGAAACCAUAUCAAUGUAAAUUAUGUUUACUGAGGUAA